AUGUAUAAUCAUAAACGUAAAAUUGAUAAAAAUUCGGUCUUGAAAGAUUUAGCGGUUUCAUUAGAAAUACCUAUCAUUACACCCACAUACCUGGUUGCUCGGCCUUCUAUUCCAACAACUUUAACAGGUGAAUUAGAACAAUCGCAUGAUUCUAAUAAUACACUGGUAAUUCUAGUGCCAAUUGUUGUGAUUAUUCUCAUAAUAAUAAUUGGAAUCGGGUUUUGGGUCUACUAUCGUCGACUAAAACGUGGCAAGGAAAACAAGGAAAUUAAAAGACUAGGACUUGCCCUUGAAGAGGACGAUAGACGGACUAAAAGAAAUGGAGAUGCGCAGAAAUAUCAAAUUAGCAAUAAUUCUAUCUCUGAAUACGUAACGAAAAAUGACGUUCCAGAACAUCGUAUUGAUCCACAAUUUUCUCCAAACCGCCAUUUCGAUAGCGUUUUAUUGGAACUUUCAUCAUCACUGGCCAGCGGAAUGAAACCUCCUCCAACAACUGCUUUACCGCCAAUUCCAACGGAUACCCAUUUAUCAAGCAAGCAUAACCGACCACCUGCUCUCACUAAAUUGACGACAGCUCACAUCAGAAAUAAGACUAGUUCCUCGCAUUUUCGGGGUUCCAGCGUUAUGAAUCCCAAGGAAGAUCUUCCAAUAUUCCAAUCAAAAACUGUCGAAAUUUUAUCUCAUUCAAAACUGACGCAAUCAAAACCACAGAGAAAAUCAUCACUGCUUUCAAGAACUCAACCUUUGUCAUAUAGUUCGGAAACAACGUCCAAUACAUUUAGCUCAAGCACCGAAACGUCAAUGUCAAUGUCAAUGUUUGGUUGGGAUGAUAAUAUAGAUAAAAUUUAUGAAUCAGAUAGCAGUUUAUCAUCAAAAUGUCUUGAUAUUAUUGACUCUCCGACUUUACCACAACACCCUUCUGUUUUAUCGGCAGUUACGAAAAACUCUUCAGGACUUUUUCCAGCGUCGCAAAGUUGGUCAAAAACCUCAUGGCAUAAUGAGACCGCAAAUGAUCAAAGUUAUUCUGAACAUUUUGACCCUACUAUGUAUUUCUCAAGUCGACAAGAGACAAAUAGUAAAUAA